ACAAGCGUCCGCCUGGCUGCCUACUGCUGUAUCGAUACAUCAUCGGCACCAUUCAUCCUCACGAUGGCCAAGCACACCGCACCAGUACGCGCGGCCACGCUUCUCCUAGUCAUAUGCCUCCUCACUACCCAGGCGCGAUGCCGGAUCAUGGACGACGACGGCGUCGAGAAGAUUAGUUUGCCCAAUGGGUUGUGCGUCCACGAUGAGAGGUCAUUCGCCUGCAAGGGCGAACGUUGCUAUUGCUGCCGCGUGGGUUUGGAAGUUUGUUACUUGUCGAUGGACGAGUGCAAGAGGGAGUGCGUCAAGAAAAUGGGGCCGUCGCCGGGGGCUGGGGGCGGCAACGGCAACACCUCUCCGAUAGCUUAGCUACCAUGUUUUUCGCAAGAAAUGUAUGAUCCACCAAUGAUGUGAAUAUUUUUCAAAUAAGAAAGAACUAUUGAUCACCA